AUGUUAUCAUAAAAAACUCUUUAAUUGUUAAGAAAUCACCUGGAAGAGUUCUUGAAACUUGAAAAUGAAAUUGAGAAUAAGAGAGAAUAAUUAGCUCAUAAUUUAUAUUUCGAACCUUACACAAUUUUUUGCAGAUUAGAUUAUAAAAAAAUCCUUCAUAUUGAUAUCAAUGAUCUAAAGGUUUAUUUUUCAGAUCAUGAUAUAUUAGAUUGCGAUGAUGAUUUAUAAUUGCUGGUUAGAAAGAUAGACAUCGAUAAGGAUCAAUAUAUAUCAUUUAGCGAGUUCUCGAGAUAUAUUUUACCUCAUAGAGAUCAAGACCUAAAUUAAUUAGCUAACAGUAGAUAAUCGUAUAAUCUAUUGGAGAAUAAGUUGCCAAAUUUAGUUGAGAAAUAAUUAAUGUAAGUAUUUUUAGCUGAGAUUGAACUGAAUAAAAGAAUGUUAAAAUAGAUGCAACAAUUGAAGGCCUAACCAGAUUGGGACAAAAUAAUUGCAUGGGAAUCAGUAAAUUCUGGCAGGAGAUGGGAUUAAAAAGGAUUAUAGUAAUACUUUGAUGAAUCUAAAAUAAUGUGUAAUUCUAAAGAUAUUGAAAACUUUAUCUAUAGAAAUAGCAAAGAGAGGGAUUAUAGAAUAAAUUAUUCUGAUUUUUUGUAUUUGGUUUUUGCUCAUUAGGAUUAGAAUGUAAAUUAUAAGUUUUUCACACCUCAAAAAAAUUAAAAAUAGAUAUCAGAUAAAAAGUCUAAUUUGCUUCCUAAGACAAAUUUUAGGACUAAUGAAUCUACUAAUUUAAAGAGUGAAAAAUAUAAUAGAAAUCUGCAAUCUUAGAGUCACCAUCAUCAGAAGCAAAGUCAUGAUGAUGUUGAAGUAAGUGAAUUUAGAAUCAAUGAAAAUGAAGAUUAGAAUAUCCUGGAGUUUUUAAUAAAUAAAUUGAAAGUUCAAAAUCAAUUAAAAGGGCAUUUGAUAAAAUAACUAUUCUAUCGAAUCGAUGAAAAUAAGAAAGGCUUUAUAACUUUGGAUGAUCUGAUGAGUUAUUUCGAGAAUGUAUUGCGUGCUCCAUAAUAAAUUGAGGAUCUUAUAAAAUUAGUGAAAAUAUUGGAUAAAAAUAAAGACGGUAUAGUUUCUGAGAAAGAGUUUUAUGAACAGAUUGUGAGACAUGCUUACAUUUAAUAGUUUUGA